UGUGAUCCGGAGUGCUUCCAGCAGUGAAUAGAAGGAUCCUUCUCACCGAGAACGGAGCUGCGGCGAGUGUGUUGUGUGUAAAUAAAACUAAAGGACUUUUCCACGUACAGAGUGUAGCAAAAAAAAAAAUAACCAAACGAACUAAGAAUGAAUCCGGUGCUACGAUCAGUGUGUGCCGUCGUGUUGCUAAGUGCGAUGGUGCUAGGCGGCACCCCCGAGGACUAUCAGAACCAAGGAUUACGUGCCAUCGUGCGAGUGUACGACGAGUGCUCGAAGGCCGAAACCGGCUUCUCGCCGUGUCUGAAAAAACGCGCCAUCACCUUCAUCGAUCGGUUGAGCCGCGUCGAAUCGCUCACCCUCGGCGACAUGAAGGUGGUGCGGAAUGAGCGGGCUGCCACCGGGCAGGACCUCAAACCGCUGACCGAGAACGAACUGGAGCAAAGUCUGCCCCGGGGGCUGGAAGCACGGGAUGAAGCACUGACCAACAUUCUGCUGGAGAAGAUUGCCGGCAUUUUCAGCAGCCGGACGAUCCAGAUCAGCCUGCCGAAGUUGUCCAGCGAUGAACUUGGCCGCGGGCUCGAAGAAGGUCGUGGCAAAAUGAAGAAAAUGAUGAGCAUGAUGCUCAUGGGUUUCAUGAUGAAGAUGGCCGCCAUGGUGCCGGUUGCGAUCGCUGGACUGUACCUGCUCGCCGGUAAGGCCCUGAUCGUGUCCAAGAUCGCCCUACUGCUGGCCGGAAUCAUCGGGCUUAAGAAACUGGUCGCCAGCAAACAGCAGGGAGGUGGCGGCGGCGGUGGCUGGUCUAGCGGUGGCUCCGGACACAGCGGCGGCUGGGACAGACGGUCCGCUGAUCUUGCCGCGUCGGCUGCUGCUGCUUCUGCCCAGAACAUUGCCUACAAUGCGUACGCCAAGAAUCAGGCAUAAAAAAACGGUCCACCGAAUCCCCACGAGACACGAAAGUGUUGCCGAAAUUUGUUACUUGUUGACUACUACUAUUGCUGCUACUACCACUACCACACUGUUGCUGUUCGUGAAAUCAGGAAACCAUAGAAGAAGGCCGAUCGCAGCUCGAUCAGCUUCACUUGCCGGAUGAGGAAUGCCGUUCACUGUCGAAAGUUCGGAGGACGAGUAAAUUAUUUAUUUAUUUAUUUAUUUAAAGUAUUAGAAAAGCAAACCGAAAAUCAGCAUGAACUCCAGUUCUCAUCCCUUCGAACGCUUCAGACUACCCUUCCCUUUUCACAUCUCGGUUGAAUGCUCCUCGUUAAGAGUUUUUUAACCUUUCCGCUAAUGGAAAUCAAGCAAACUGCGCAUUUCUAAUGGAUUUUUCUCUGGCUGCAAGCCAUUGUUAUAGUCUUACAUUUCCCAGCCCUACUGUUUCUACCUCUAGCUUAUCAUACUAUCUAGUCCUACUAUACAUACAAUCGCUUCUCAUUGCUAAAAAUACCAUCUUCAGACAUCUGACAUUUACUGUUAUGUAUUUGCUCUCUCCUAUUUAUUAACCAAUUUAAGCUACAUUAUCUUAUCCUUCUGUCAUCUUCUACCCCACCGAUUUUCUUUUAGUCUGUACUUACUUCCAUUUCCUUACUUUGUUCAAAAUUCUUUCUCUUAUCUAAUCUAGCCCCACGUUAUCACACGUCCUUGCUCCACUCUCUUUUCUCAAUUUCAAAAUCUCCAACCUUUCCUAAGAUUAUCAUCCUUUCCUUUCUCUUCAACUUAUGGCAGUUAACUAUCAUUCAAUGAACCGCCUACUUUAUCUUUUGUCUCUACUCAAAUCCUACAAAACCUAACAAUCCAAUAUUCCUAUUUCUAUCUGAAAAAUUCCCUUUAUAUUCUCCAGCUUAUUUCUAAAACAAAAUUCACUUUUAUGGGACGAAGCAGUAUCCUUCUCACCUUCCCAACUACAAUAAUGAUGCAUUGUAAUGUAAUAAUCCCUACAAAAAACUCCACCAUCUCCUUCCUGAUUCCCGCUUUGGACCAUCAAGACACAUUCCACUGCCCAAAGAAAAUCUCUCUCAGUCCCUUUCUUGCCACGAUCCAUUCCAUAGAAAGCCCCCCCCCCCCCCCCCAACCAAUCCUCUCCUCAUCAUUGCUUCUAGUGUAACUGUUCGCCGUAAUCUUAAAGACUAGUACUAAAACCCUCCCCUACUGUGUGCUGAUAUUUUCCGCAAGGAGUCACCAGCUGAAAGAAGUAUGUUAAAUUAACGCAAAAAUAAGUUCGCCGAAGAAGAAAAAUACGGGAAAGCCCUAAAUGAAAACGGAACAAAACGACCGUGCGGAAUUCGCGAAACCGCACGUGAGCCCCUCCAAAACGAGGUGGUAUCUCCAUUCUUGUUGAGUAUAUCUGUAAGUUGUAUUGUUAGUUAGAACGCUCCGUUCGUUGCAAACGAAUCGAAGAAACCUUGUUGAAGUUCGAGAAGUGAAUAA